CCAAGGUGUAUGACAUCACAGUACAAGGUUGGUCUGCCCAUGGGAAUCCCUGUUUUCCUUAAUUUUCGGCAAGACGUGAUCAGCUGUCAGUUUGCCAGGGAACCUUGAUGUGUGGAUCACGUGUGGUAGUGCCCUCUAAGCUUCGCACCAGAGUGUUGGACAAUCUACAUGAGGGUCACGUAGGUACGGUCAAGAUGAAAAGCCUGGCCCGUAGCUACAUAUGGUGGCCAGGGGUAGAUAAACAAAUCGAGGACAUAACCAAAACCUGCCCAGGAUGCCAGAGCAUUCAAAACGCACCGCCACAGGCUCCCCUACAUCCAUGGGAAUGGCCGUCUGCACCCUGGCAGAGAGUGCACAUUGAUUUUGCUGGUCCAUUCAUGAACUCUAUGUUUCUCAUAGCUGUGGACGCUCACUCAAAAUGGCCGGAAGUAGUCCCAAUGAAAUCCACAACAUCAGAAAAGACUAUUUCUGUUCUGAGAACCAUCUUCGCCAGGAAUGGUCUGCCUGACAACGGCCCACAGUAUACUUCCGAAGAAUUUCAAGAUUUCAUGAAAAAGAAUGAUAUCAAACAUUUCAAGUCAGCACCUCACCAUCAAGCAACAAAUGGAUUAGCAGAACGGUUCGUACAAACAUUCAAAAAGUCCAUCAAAGCAAUGACAAAAGAAGACAUCUCUCUUCAACACAAAAUUGACAAUUUCCUUCUGGGGGACCGCAAUUCUGUCCAUGCAACAACCAAUCAGACACCUGCAAUGCUGUUUAUGAACAGACAGCUGAGAUCUUGCAUUGACCUUCUGAAGCCAAACCUGAGGAGAGAAGUGCAAAACAAACAGUUCAGCAGCUUUUCAAAUGAAACAGCAAGAAGCUUCGAUGUGGGACAGCAGGUACUGGCACGUGACUACCGAGGGGACAAGUGGACACCUGGAAAGAUUGUCACCAGGAGCGGCCCUCUGAUGUAUGAAGUGGACACUGGCGAGCACACCUGGAGACGUCAUGUGGAUCAGCUGUUGAAUGCUCAACCAAAGACCCCGGAGCAACCAGCACGUCCACCUGAUCCUGGAACCAACUCUGACCAUAGUACAGUGACACCCACAGUUACAGAAGAAGUGCCCCUUAAAGAGAGCACUCCAGGGUUACGCCUGGGAACUUGUGAACGACUCAGGGCACCACCAAAAAGAUUGGAUUUAUGA